AUGCUGAGACAGCUAUCAGUGAACAUCUCGUUGGUAGAAGCUCUAGAGAAGAUGUCAGGAUAUGCAAAGUUCAUGAAGAACUUGGUAACAAAGAAGAAAGCUGCCAUUUCGGCCAUAGGUCGAGCUUUAGUUGAUGUUAAGAGUGGAGAGCUGAAAUUCAGACUCAACAAUAAAAAGGUGGAAGCUGCUAUUGAGGAAAAGUUUGUUGUUGAAACAUUGGCGGCCGUGCUAAUGAAUUUUGAAGAAGACCUUCGGGACAAUUAUGUGGAGACUUUAAAUGCUCUGCAAGGCAUGGGGUCACAUUCUUAUGCUCCCCAGAAAUUAGACGUGGACUUAAAAAACAAGCCAAAUCCUCCAGUAAAGUCGUCUAUUGAGGAACCGCAUGUACUGGAGUUAAAGAAGUUACAUAGCUAUUUGAGGUAUGUCUUUUUGGGUGCUAAUAAUACAUUGCCAGUAAUUUUGGCCACAAAUCUCAAUGAUGCACAUGUGCAAGCUGUAGUAAAAGUCUUGACAAGGUUCAAAAGGGCAAUUGGUUGGACUAUUGUUGAUAUCAUUGGAAUACCUUUGGGUAUUUGCACUCAUAAAAUCCAGCUUGAGGAAGAUUGCAGUCCAAGUAUAGAGCACCAGAGGAGGUUAAACCCACCGAUGCAAGAGGUGGUCAAAAAGGAAAUUAUAAAGUGGCUGGAUGUAGGGGUGGUGUACCUUAUUUCUGAUAGUCAUUGGGUUAGCCCAGUGCAGUGUGUGCCCAAGAAGGGUGGUAUGACGGUGGUUGCAAAUGCAAAUAAUGAGUUGAUUUCGCAGAGACCAGUCAUAGGUUGGAAAAUUUAUAUGGAUUAUAGGAAGCUUAACAAGUGGACCUUAAAAUAUCACUUCCAAAUGACAUUCAUGCAUCAAAUGCUUGAUAGGUUGGUUGGUAAAGGGUGGGUUUGCUUCUUGGAUGAAUACUCUGGGUAUAACCAGAUAUCAAUUAUGCCGAAAGAUUAA